CACAAUAAGUGCCCACUAGUAUAUGAGCACUCUCUACACCUGUGCUCUCUCUUGGCUCGUCCCUCCAUCUCCCGACUUAGGGUACCUCGCUCCACAGAUAAUCAAGCUGCAUAACCACUCACACUGUCAGGUUGCACGCUUCGGUCGCCAUCCCAAGCUCCUCUAAUUGCUCGACUACAAAACGCGUCCUUUUGAGCUCCCUAAACCCUUCACCGCCGACCGCCGUGGUAACGGGUCGAAGAAUCGCCGAUAGUGUGGGAAAUCUCCAUUGCUGUGUGGAGUACAACGUCUCGUAUGUGUCUACCAUACCAUGUAUGCCUACUUUGACAGGAACAAUGUCGCACUCAGGGGUCUUGCAUUGCCAAGUUUUUCAAGGAAUCAAGUGAGGAAGAGAGAGGUCAUGAAUAAGCGUGGUGGAAGAGUGAAAUUGCAAACAAUACUGAUGCCUCUCUCAGAGUUCGAUCAUGCUGAGAAAGGAGAUGCUCUAUAUGGUAGCAAGGUGAAAAGCUUACCUGCUGUGCGUCGUUGUUUCAGUGUUGUUCCCCAUGAACCUAGAGAAAAUGAAGAAGAGGAUGAUAUGUUAGGGCAAAGCUCAUCAGAGAGUACUCCUCGAGUCAUACAAGUGACUUUGAAUGACAAGCUUCCAAUAAUAGUCAAGUAGUAUGAAAGUUAAAGGUGAUCUUCAACAAAUUACAUGGGCAUAUUUUACUAGCAAUAAUAAUGGUAUGCUUUGUACCAGGAUUAAUGAUAUUGAAGACAUUGAUGACUUCCCAAGUGUUCUGGUAUGGAGGACUUAGAUUCAUACCUUGAUUGUACGUCAUGGACCACCUCUUGUGAAGUAUCUUCUGUACAUGUAAUUAAGGAACUAAAUAUCUUCUAAGAUAUUUUGUUUUUGCAAUUGAGGAACUAUAUAUGUAUGUAAUAACUACUCUUUAUUUAAUAUAAGUCUGAAAGUGUUAUUGAUUAA